AUGAGCUUGACCGCAACUGUGCGGUGGCUGAGCGCACUCCAGUUCCUUCCCUCUCGCAUGUGGUCUGCGUUUGGAACGUGGUCCCGCCGCCUCCUCGGCCGCCAACCGUCCACCCUCCUCGAUGCGGCCACCAAACGACAUCUAGUCUACGAAGGCAAGCCCGUGUGGUGGGCGCGCUGGACAUGGCCCCUCGUCGGCAUGGACCUCUUCCUCUGUUCCUCGAUGGCCGAGACCGCCUGGAACCACUGGACAUGGCCCGACCCCGCGCAGAAAGAGCUCGCCGGCGAGGACGCGCACGUCCAGCCCAACUACGUCCUCCGGCCCGCCUGGCAGCGCUUCGCGCUCGCCGCGGGGCAGUUCGCCGUCGGGCUCGGCUUCGCGAGCGCGCUCGUGCGGCUGCGCGGGCGCGCGGUGCGCAGGGUGUACAUCGUGCCGUCGCCCUCACACUCUGCGCAAGUGUUCAUCCAGACGCCCGUCCACGGCGCGUCCAGCGGCAUCCGGACGACGCUGGGCGAGUGCAGGCUCAGCCCCGGCAGGGAUAUGAGCGAGGUGAUUCUGCGGCUGCGCGGAAGGGAGGGGGAGUACUGGAUGGAGCUGCGCGGCGCGCGGAUUAGGGGGCAGGAGGUGCCGCUUGAGCGGGCGAAUGCGGAGAUUUGGGAGGCGUUUACUGGGAAGAAGGCGGCGGCGAUGCAGAGGUGGAAGAGUGGGCCGGUGCUGCAGGGGUGAGGGUUGAUUAGUGAGAAGGGGGAGAGCAAAAGUUUAUUAUAUGCAGCAGUAUAUUCUGCAUGCUCGUCGCUUUACAAGAUCAGGCGUUAUGUAGCGGUGCAGGCUCGAUCCAUCGAUGCCUGUACCGGACACCCCGCACGGCGGCUUUCUCGUUGCACACCC